GUAAAAACAACUUAUAUUUAACAAAAGAAAAUGACAUGUAUGGGUAGCGCAAAUAUGACUUAAGCCCCGCCCCUCACUUCCUGUUCUGGUGCUGCGGGUUUGCAGCUGGAUCUCGAACAACCCCGCAGCCCAGAGCGCGCAGUUCCAUUACCAACUCAAUGCAACAUGGCCGCCCGUCACGUGCUCUUCCAGCGAUCUGAUAAUGGUGUGGGAAUUUAACCGAUCCAGCCCUAAAGGUUCAGUGGAUUACAGCAGUAAAUCUGUGAAUCCAGCGGGAGGAAAAUUCUGUCGUGAUUUGAAAAUGUGUCACUGAUUGGGAGCAUCAAAUAGCAAAUUUUCACUUCCUGUACGUGAAAGAAAGUGAAAGAAAUUUCAGUUCAACAUGACAGUUCAGAGGAGUAAAAAGGACGAUCUACAUUAUCUGAGAAGUGAAAGAAGUUUCCGCACUCUUGUCCAACACAACAGUUCAGAGGAGGAGAAAAGAAGAUCUACAAAUAUUAUCUGAGCUAUUAAUCAGUGAAGGGCGAUGCCAUCUGUUAAAGAGCUACUCAAGAAAUCACUGGAUGAACUGGAAGAAGUUGAACUAAAGACGUUUCGGUGGCACUUAAGGAAUGAUCAUGAGGGUAUAUCAAAGUCUGACAUGGAGAAUACAGAUAGGUUAAAAACUGUGGAUAAGAUGGUGGAGUGUUUUGGACCAGAAGAAGCUGUGAAGAUCACUGUGGAGAUCCUGAGGAAGAUGAACCAGAAUAAUCUGGCUGAGCAUCUGGAGAACAAACACAAGCAAGGCUUAACUACAGACGACAGACGAGCUAUUCUUCAUGAUUACACAGAGAUCAUCCGCAGACUGAAGAACAAGUUAAAACAGGACUACAAGCGGAUAUUCAUUGGUAAUUCACAGACGGGUCAUAAGAAAAACCUGAACGAUAUUUACACUGAUUUAUAUGUAGUGGAGAAUGAGACUGGGGGAAGAGAAAAUAACCACGAGGUGAUACAGAUCAAUUUUAAUCAAAAACAAUGUGAUGCCAGGGACACACCAAUCCAGUGCAGUAAUGUUUUUAAAGUCCAUGAGGAUCAACAAAACAAAAAGGUGAUGACGUUGGGGAUCGCAGGAGUAGGAAAAACUGUGUCUGUCAAUAAAUUCAUCCUUGAUUGGGCUGAAGGAAAAGAAAAUCAGGAUAUAAACUUCAUUUUUCCUCUGCCGUUCCGUCAGCUAAACCUGAUUACAGAGAACUGCAGUCUCAUGGGACUGCUUAACAAACGCUUCUUUAAUGAUCCUAAAGAACUGCCCUCUCUUCCUGAAGAUGAUGGUAAGGUCUUGUUCAUUUUUGAUGGGCUGGAUGAAUGUCGCUUACCUUUGAACUUUAAAGAGAGUGACAGAAUUACAAAUGUUCACAAAAUAACAACAGUGAGUAAGAUAAUAACAAACCUUAUCAAGACAGACCUGCUUCCCUCUGCUCUCAUCUGGAUCACAUCCAGACCAGCAGCAGCCAGUCUGAUACCCCGAAACUACAUUGAUCAAAUGACUGAAGUGCGAGGAUUUAACAAUGAGCAGAAAGAGCAAUACUUCAUCAAAAACAGCAGUUCUGAGGUUUCUGAAAACAUCAUCCGUCACAUCAAGAAAUCCAGGAGCCUGUACAUCAUGUGCCAUAUCCCUGUCUUCUGCUGGAUCUCUGUCACUGUUCUUCAGCCUUUACUGGCUCAAGAGAGCAAUGACAAAACACCCACAACUCUCACAGGAAUGUACACAAGCUUCUUAAUUUCUCAGCAGCAACAAAUGAAAGAAAAAUACUGUGAUGACCCUGAACCCAAAGUCAAUGCAAUGUCUUUUGAUGAGAUUAUUCUGAAGCUUGGGAAAUUAGCCUUUCAACAGCUGGAGAAAGGAAACCUGAUUUUCUACAAAGAAGAUCUUGAGGAAUGUGGACUAGAUGUCAGUGAAGGGUCUGUCUACUCUGGGUUAUGUACUCGAAUGUUUCAGGAGGAAAAAGCUGUUUCAGCAAGAAAUGUUUACAGCUUCGUACAUCUCAGCAUCCAGGAGUUCCUUGCUGCUCUUUAUGUGUUUUUGAUUAACAGAGACAAGAAUGAAAACCCAUUUCUUCAAUCAUGGACAGAAAAACUAACGUGGAAACUCUCCAAAAAGCCACUGUUUAAACUUCAUAAGGCUGCAGUCAACAAGGCUUUAGAAAGCAAGAACGGACACCUGGAUCUUUUCCUCCGAUUCCUCCUAGGUCUUUCACUGGAGUCCAAUCAGAGUGACCUGAAUGAACUACUGCCAAAACUGAAACUGAAAACAGAGAACAUUAAAGACACUGUUGACUAUAUCAAAAAGAAGAUACAGAUGGAGAAAUCAGUAGAGAGGACCAUCAAUCUCUUCUACUGUCUGAGUGAAAUGAAAGAUGACUUUGUGGAGGAAAUCCAGAAGAAUCUGAUAUCAGGAAAUCUUUCAGCACAGAAUCUCUCCUCUGCUCAGUGGUCUGGUCUGGUGUUUGUGCUCCUCAUGUCAGAAGAGACUCAAGAGAAGUUUGAACUGCAGAAAUACAGAAGAUCUGAUGAAGCACUGAUGAGACUGCUGCCAGUGAUCAAAAACACCAGAAGAGCACUGCUCCAGUGCUGUAAUCUAACUUUUCAUUGUUGUAAGAGUUUGUCUUCAGUUCUACAAUCCUCAAUCUCUUUCCUGAGAGAGCUGGACCUGAGUAACAAUGACCUGCAUGAUUCAGGAGUGAAGCUUCUUUCUGAUGGACUGAAGAGUCCAAACUGUCAGCUGGAGAUACUGAGGUUGUCUGGCUGUAUGGUGACAGAGGAAGGCUGUGGUUAUGUGUCUUCAGCUCUGAGUUCAAACCCCUCACAUCUAAGGGAGCUGGAUCUGAGCUACAAUUACCCAGGAGAUUUAGGAGUCAAGCUGCUUAAUGAAAAACUGGAGGAUCCAAACUGCACAUUGGACAAACUCAAUGUGAAUCAUGGAGGAGAGAUCAGGAUUACAGCAGUGCCACGAAGAUAUUCCCAUCAGUUCACUCUGGAUCUGAACACAGUUAAUAAACUCCUCCGUCUGUCUGAGAAGAACAGAAUGAUUAAAUUCACUGACACAGUGCAGCCGUAUCCUGAUCAUCCAGAUAGAUUUGAUUAUUAUCAUCAGGUGUUGUGUAGAGAGAGUAUGAGUGGACGCUGUUACUGGGAGAUUGAGUGGAAGGGGAAUAAUGUGUGUAUAUCAGUGUCAUAUAAGAGCAUCAGCAGGAAGGGUAAAGAGUGUGUGUUUGGAUGUAAUGAUCAGUCCUGGAGUUUGAUCUGCUCUUCCUCCAGUUACUCAUUCAUACACAAUGACAUACGGACUGAACUCCCUGUAAAGCCCAUCAGCCGUAGAAUCGGAGUGUAUGUGGAUCACAGAGCAGGAACUCUGUCCUUCUACAGCGUCUCUGGAGACACAAUGAUCCUCAUCCACACAGUCCAGACCACAUUCACUCAACCGCUCUAUCCUGGGUUUGGGGUUUAUUCUCGAUCAUCAGUGAAACUGUGUUGAUGAAUCAGACUGUAGAGAGAUUAUACCCAUAAUGCUUUGAGCUCAUGAUGAAUCAGUGACUGUCACACUUGACUAGAUGAUCCAAAAUAAGAGGCUCAACACAUAAAGACGAUGAACACUUAUAUUUACAGUUUUUUCAACACAUCUCAAAAUCACCAUUUGUCUCGUGUCACAAACACCUUUGUCAUAAUAUUGUAUUUUUAUAUUUUUUGGUCUAUCUUUAUUCCGGGCUGGCAAACAAGAUGCUGUAAUAAUUUCCUAAAAUGUAAUUUGUGUGUUCUGCCUCUGCUGCCUCUGUUAGAGGCUGUGCAUAAUUUGUGAUGGACAUUUGCAUAUAUAAACAUUAUAUUUUCAUGAUUGUUUAAUAUUCUUUAUAAGUUUCAUUUUAUCUGUCACUAUUAUGCAAGUUCCUAUGUGAGGACUUUUAUUUUGAUAUGUUUCCACGAGCACCGCACAUUGGGUAACAGGAAAUAGCAAGCUUAUGGCGCAGCAAACUGUUAACAUGUUUUUGUUGCAUCUGAUUCCAUCAUCCUUCUAAACCCUGUCGAAAGCAAUGGCUGUAUAGUAAUCUGUCUGACGGGUCUCCGGAGGCGGGGCCUACAACAGAUUCUUGGGGGCUCAUCCGGGAUCCACUCCAUGUGAUCGGAGCAAUGAGACAAGAGGGUGUGUGCCAGGCAAUCUGUGAGCGCUGUAUUUAUCCUGAGGUCGAGGCUAUCACAGAAGGGACAACAGAGGGUGACAUAAUGGCAGAUCUUUCAAGGAAGCAGCUGGUGUGGGACAUCAAGAGAGAGUUAAUUUCCUUACCUGUUGACGAACUGUUCCGCAUUGCCAAGGUUAUCAGGUCAACACCUAGACAUGGCGCCAGUGAACUGGAUCUGGAUGACAGUGGGGUUUGUUUUGACCAUAUCAAUGCAUUCAUGUCCAGUGAACUUUUGCUAAAGACUAAGGACCAAAGUAUGAGUGAACUGUUGUCAUUGCAAGAGAUGGUAAAAUCAGCAAAACAGAUUUGCACAACUACAUCUGAUGUUGAUACAAACACUCACCCUACACAUGUGUUACAAUCACCCACCACUCAUGACACUUAUCAGACACCACAACAUGUUGCACCUGACUCAGGGAAUGUUAAAGGGAUAGUUCACCCAAAAAUGAAAAUU